ACGCUAUAAAAACCAGUCAGAGCUCAACGCCGUCACCUUUUCUAGCUCCAAGCUGAGAUUUCGCGAUGGCUUUUUGGUGGCUCUGCGUGACACUCCUCUUGGCGUUCCCUUGCGGGGCACAGAUGGUUGGAGGGCCCAUAGAACAGUCGCCCGAUAGCCCCUUAGUGAUGGAUGCUGCUCGCGUCGCCAUGACAUUGUACAACGAACAGGCGAAUGACAAGUACUUCUACGCUUUGGGAAAGGUCAUCUCAGCCAAGACACAGGUGGUGGCAGGAGUCAUGUUUUACUUGGAGGUGGAGGUGGGGCGCUGUGAAAAGCAAAACCAGCAAAUGACAUCCUGCCCUCAGGACAGCAACACCAAGACGCUGCUCUGUGACUUCAGCCUAUGGGAGCAGCCCUGGGAGAACAGCAACAAGCUCCUGAAAAGUCAGUGCAGGGAUGCUUGAUGUGAUAAAAAAAAAAAAGAAAAAGCAGGUGAAGAUCAAUGUAAUAAAAUGAAAUGCAAACUCUCCGUUAUCUUCUUGUAUGACAGAAACGUGAAACAAAUGAAAAUUUUUACCUACAACAGCAUCGAGUUCUG